GUGAAAUUGUAGCAAACGCCGCUAGGUACUUGGUCACGAGCUCCCAGGGUUCCGCUUUUAGACGGCACGUGGGUUGGUGAGAGGAUCGUGACGGUGAAACGAGCUAUCGGGUUUUUGUAGGGACGUAUCCCGAUUGUCCUCCUCACCAUGAUUUCGGCAAUGUCUAUCGCACUGGUCGUGCUGCUUGCUCUGUUUCAGAGCAGCCGCGCCAUCUUGAUACCACCUCCAGACACGAAGACCCAUGGAUUCGAGGUCGCAGUCGCUCAAUUCUCACUUACCGACACUGCACACAAGGACCCGUACAUGCCGACCGAAGACCGGAAGAUCAUGCUCAGCCUGUUCAUGCCAGUCAAUAGGACGUACUGCUCAUAUGCGUGCCAGAACUCAUACAUGCCACCCCAGACCGCUCAAGUCGCGGACCAGCAGUUCUUGCUAAACGCAACCGAGGGCGUCUUUGAGCAGAUGGAAUACAUGAGCUGCUGUGGCGCGACCAUGGACAUCGACGCGUCCAAGUACCCCGUCGUCAUCCUCGAACCACAUGUCGACACUAGUAGGUUUCUCUACGCCAAUCUAGCCCGCUACAUGAGCGCCAAUGGCGCCGUAGUCGUGCUCAUCGACCACCCUGGCGACGCCUCGAUCGUCCAGUUCCCGUACUCUCGCAAACGCUCCUUGGCGACGGUCUACAACCGCGGGAACGUCGCACUCUCAAACCUCUCACCCAUCAAUCCGUGGAACGGGACAGUCACCCAGGUCCUUGAUAUGCGUACCCAAGACAUCAAGUUCGCCCUCUCGCAACUUGGUUCCGUCUCCCUGCUGAAGCAGCAAUUCCCUUUCCUGGGCUUCAGCUCUCCCCUCGACACUUCCUCGUACAGCAUCGUCGGCCAUGGCCUGGGUGGCACAGUCGCUACAAGCUUGAGCUUCUCAGAUAAGCGCGUUCGCUUUUCAAUCAACCUCUCCGGCACGCCUCCUCUGCUCAACACAUCAACCCGCGCAGCACCCAUCUUUUUCUUUGGCCGCGCCAACUUCCGUCGCCAGGACGACAUCCACUGGCCUACUACUUGGUCCCAUCUCACCGGCCCGGCGACCGAGUUCGAUCUGCAAAAUUCCGACAUCUUCGACUUUUCAGACUUGCCCAUUAUUGUCGAAUUGGCACAUAACGAGGGUGGGAUGAAGCACGUGCAGGGCAAGGGGCUGGGAGGUAGCGGGCCGUGGGGUAACCAUGCGGUCAAGUGCUUUAUGGAGGGCGUGCUGAAGAAGGAGUUGCUGGCAGAUGAGAGUGCGUUGAAUGACUGUGUGGGCAUGUUUGAGGGUAUGGUGCCGUACACUGGAGGUGCUCACUAGUCAGCUUCGACUGAGAGGGUUUUGCAAAUGGUCUAAUAUACCGCUGGCGAUACCUUCGAUCUAUGUGGCGGAAGAGUCGCGAGCAUGCGCGGCUUAGUACAAUAUACAGUUCCAUAGUAUGGCAGAUGACCAAGG